UUUAAUAUACUAAUGGUUAAAAUACAUUUAUGUAUACAUUUCUGUGUUACUGUAAAAGUUUAAACAAUAAACCUGAAAAUGGAUGAAAUAAUAAUACGUAAAGCGAAACGUGAAGAUUGCAGAGCUAUUAAAAAUCUAAUACAGGAAUUAGCUGACUGUGAGCGUAUGCCAAAUGGACCAAAAAUUGAUCAUACUGUUUUAGAAACAGAUGGAUUUGAUACAGAACAUCCCUUGUUUAUAUGCUAUGUAGCAGAGAUUGAUAAAAAUGUAAUAGGAUAUGCAAUUUCAUACUACACGUAUUCAACAUGGUGUGGGAAAGCCAUGUAUUUAGAAGAUAUAUAUGUAACACCUAAAUAUCGAGGGAAACAUAUUGGUAGUAAAUUAUUAAAAGCUGUUGCUAAAGAAGCAACAGACAGUAAUUGCUGCAGAUUAGAUUUUUCAGUUCUUGAGUGGAACCCUGCACAAGAUUUUUAUAAAAGCAAGGGAGCAGCUAAUUUGACAAUAGAAGAAGGAUGGCAUCAUUACCGUUUUUCCGAUAAAACUUUAAAAAUUUUAGCUACAAAUGCAUAA